GUGCGCGCGUGCGCACACAGAUCCUACGGCGCCGGCUUCGGACACGUUUGUAUUAGCAGUUCCCCCUCAGCUGCUGUCCACGCUGCCGUUUCAGGCUUCACUGAGCGCCCGGGUUCAUGUCGACCAAGUCUCCAGUUGGCUUGUUGGUAAUAUUCGGCGCUGCUACGGCCUAUUUGUACGUGCUGUCGACCAAUCUGCCUUAUGCAGUGCACGGCCGGGAACCUCUGAGCGACUCCGAGGAGGAGGAGGAAAGGCAGGAACUCAGGUCACUGACAUUUCCAUCUGACUUGGAAGAGCUGCGAGCAAUUGCUGGCUUGUUGCAUUCCUACAGAGCUCAGCACACUGGUUAUGUAUUGCUGCUCUUUUGCAGUGCAUAUCUCUACAAACAGACUUUUGCAAUCCCUGGCUCCUCCUUCCUGAAUAUAUUAGCAGGUGCAUUAUUUGGACCAUGGCUGGGUCUUGCCUUGUGCUGUGUUUUAACAGCAGUUGGAGCAACCUUCUGCUUCCUGCUCUCCAAAACGUAUGGUAAACAGUUCCUAGUGCACCGAUUUCCUGAGAGACUCUCAAUCUUACAGCAAAAGGUGCAGGAGAACAGGAACAGUCUCUUUUUCUUCCUCUUGUUCCUCAGGUUUUUUCCCAUGACUCCAAACUGGUUCCUAAACAUCACAUCUCCCAUCCUCAAUGUUCCUCUCACCCAGUUCUUCUUCUCCAUUGUUAUUGGUCUUCUUCCUUAUAAUUUCAUCUGUGUGCAGACUGGCUGCAUCCUUUCUGAGAUCUCUUCACUGGAUAACCUGUUUUCAUGGUCCAUCCUCAUGAAACUGCUGGUCAUUGCCAUGGUGGCACUUGUCCCUGGAGCUAUCAUCAAGCACUACAGUCACCAGCACCUGCAGUUGGGCAGAAAGAUCAAAAAUGGGCAUUUGGACACUGACCGGAAAACAAGAUGACCGCUACUAACUUGUCUGUGAUUUUUAAAUUUUUAUUAUUGUAUGAAAUGUUCUUAAUCUGAAGAAACACUCUUUCUAAAAUCUGGAGUUUUAUUUGUAUAGUAGAUUCCUGUUCAGUAGAAUCUGAACUGUGCCACAAUCUUCAAAGCACUGCCUACAAGCUACCCAUUCAGGUUAAGUGCACCCUGUAAAUCCCAGACUGUAGCAGCGCAUCUCUAAGCUGGUAGGUGUCCACUUGUUAAUGCUCCAUUCAUAACUGAUGCCACAUACUUGAUUAUUAAGCCGACAGUCACUUCUGAGUGGAGUUGUUGUCUUUCUUUACGGGUAAUUAAAAGAAACUGUAAUUUGGCAGUAAAUGCAGAAACAAACUAGGUAUUUAUUUUCUUUAUAAACCUAGUAAGUUCUCAGCUGGUCAGGAACAUGGAUCUUGCUUGUUCAAGGCCCAACUCAUGCAAAUCAGUCUAGGUGCAAAUUGCAAAAGUUGUGACCUGUCCUCCCAGGGCGGAGAACAGGAUUUUGGGGCUAUAGAAAUUAAAGGGUUACCAGGGCUAACAGGCCAAUCUAUAGUUUUUCUCUGUCCUCCCUUUUCUACAUUACAACAGUAACUUCACAUCAGAAGUAUUUCAUUGGCUGUAAUGCACUUUAGAAUGCCCUGAGGUCGUAAGAGGCACUAUUCGUUUUCUGUCCAGCUUUCCAGCCUUAGCUGGUGUUGAGAGAUCACUAGUGCCAAAUACCUCAGAGACUUGAGAUAAAUAGCUACUGCUUGUGGCGAUUUUUCCUUUGGCUUGACUGUUAUAUAUCCUGCUGUGGAAAAACUAAGCUCGCUGUGGCACAUGAUUUUCCUUCAAGCUCAAGUUGCCAUUGCUGCAUUUUUGUAGCCGUACUGCAUGUUCACAAGACCAACCUCUAGCCUCUUUCUGUGGUCAGAUCAAAAGAACAGUCGUUGGACACUGAACUGGCUGGUAUUGAAGCAGAUCACUUGCACUGGAAGGAAGGCAGGCAUGCGUUUGUGUGAAUGUGCAGUGCAGUUGUUUGACUGUCGACCCUGCUCGCAUCCUGGAGAGGCGACAGCAGGGGUCAUGUCAUCAGCUACUGUCUACAGCCAGAUUAACGACAAACAUCACACUCUGGUUCCCAGUGCCUCAAUUAUUCAUGGUGUUGUGAAAGGGGCCAUGUGAGAAGCAGGUGGGUUAAGGCUAAAGGGAUUGCGAAUAUUGUAUCUUGAAGCAAAUGAAGCCUGUAAACCAAAAAAAGGAAUGAUUUUAUUUUGCAUCGUUCAACAAGACUUUUAAUAGUAGAUGUUCAACUUGUGUUUCGUAAUCCAGGCUGAGUGGGAGGGAGUUCCAAACCAACAAGAAGUAUGGGAACAGUAUAACUAUAUGUGAACAGGAGUUAGCUUUGAGGCACUACCUGAGCCCAUAUAGCCCAGAAUAAAUAAGGACAUUAAUCCUCUAAUCAGCUGCUAAUAUACUCCACGCAAUUUUAAAAAAAAGAACUAUUUUUGUUUUAAAGAUAAUACUCAAUAUAUCCAGGGAAGGGGGUUGGUGAGAAGCCAGCACAUGAUAAUGAUCAGAAAUGGAUGUGAAAAGCUGGAAACUUCGUGGGGUUGAGGGGUGAGUGGGGGAGGAAAAUGCAAGGUAAUUUUUACUACUUUGACCCCGUCCUCCCCCAUCCCCCAAGAAAA